CUGCACACACUCCGGGCAGCUAUGUCAGCGGCGGCUGCUUCUGAGGGACCCACGGGGGGCCCUCUGCCGAGCCACUGACAGGCUCGGGGCUCCAUGUCUGCCUGCUGCUCCCUGAGCCCCAGGGGCAGCCUGCCUGACCUUCUGCCCGCCUGCCUCCCGCCUGUCUGCCUGGCCAGCCCCUGCCUGCCGUCUGCCCAUCUCUGCACAGGCGACCCGUCCCUGCCCCACGAUGACCCUCUUCUGUCCGUGUCUGACCGCUCUGGGACGUGACUGACCCCUGCGUGGCCUGCCUGCCCAGGGCCCAGCGUCCCUCUGCCCGGGGCACAGGUGGCAUCCUGUCUGGUGGAUGACUCGGUGUGGGGUGUGGACUGCUGCCCGGGAGCCCUGCCUGUGCUCCCUCCGCACGGAGCCCGCUGCCCCCUGGAGCCACGGAGUGCCCUGAGCUUGCGGAAUGGACUUCUGAGGAAGGAGCUGGAAUGGCAGGCCCCGGAGUCAGCAUGCUGCGGUGCUGGGCGGCCCCUCUGCUCCUGCUGGCGCUCCAGGGCGCCUGGGGCUGCUCAGACCUCGUCUGCUACACCGACUACUUCCAGACGGUCACCUGCUUCCUGGAGAUGGGGCCCCUCCCCCCCGGCAUGCUCACCCUCACCUGGGACGACCCGUACGGAGAGCUAGAGGACGAGGUCACCUCCUGCAGCCUGCUCCGGGCGGCGCACAACGCCACGCACGCCGAGUACAGGUGCCGCAUGGACGUGUUCCGCUUCAUGGCCGACGACAUCUUCAGUGUCAACAUGACAGACCCGCCUGGCAACCGCUCCCAGGAGUGCGGCAGCUUCGUCCUGGCCGAGAGCAUCAAGCUGUCGCCUCCUUCCAAUGUGACCGUGACCUUCUCGGGACAGUAUAACGUCUCCUGGAGCGCCGCCAGCGACGCGUACCCGCUCAGGGGCAAACUGCAGUACGAGCUGCAGUACAGGAAGCGGGGAGACCCCUGGGCGCAGCCUCCGGGGAGGAAGCUGGUCUCCGUGGACGUGCGGAGCGUCGCCCUCCUGCCCCUGGAGUUCCACGCAGGCUCCAGCUACGAGCUGCAGGUGCGGGCGGGGCCCCAGCCCGGCUCCUCCUUCCGGGGGGCCUGGAGCGAGUGGAGCGACCCGGUCCUCUUCCACACCCAGCCGGCAGAGCCGAAGGGAGGCUGGCACGCGGACCUGCUCUGCCUCUUCCUGGUCCUCACGCUCCCCAUCCUCGUCUACUUGGGACUGAAGAUCCGCCUGCCCUGGAGGCUGUGGAAGGUGUGGGUGCAGGUGCCCAGCCCAGAGCCGUUCUUCCAGCACCUGUAUGUGAGCCACAGCGGGAACUUCAAGAAGUGGGUGGGCACGCCCUUCACUGCCUCCAGCCUGGACCUGCACCCCUGGGGCCCCGGGGUGCCCUCGCCCUUGGAGAUGUACCACGGCGGCCCCCCACCGAGCGCAGCGCCGGGGCCGGAGACCACGGUGCUGCCCGCGCCUGCGGAUCUGGUGGAAACUGACGGCGCCCAUGAGCCGGAGCCGGAGCUGGAGCCGGCACCGGGCUCCCGGGGCCCCGCACCCAGCACUGGCAGUGCGGGCAGCUCAGCGUACAGCCAGGAGGGCGACCGGCCUUAUGGCCUGGUGUCCAUCGACACGGUGACUGUGGUGGGCGCGGAGGAGCCGUGCGCCUGGCCCUGCACCUGCGGGGAGGAUGGCUACCCCCCGCUGAACCUGGACGCCGGCCUGGAGCCCGGCCCGGGCGCCGAGGACCCGCUCUUGGGCCCGGGGGCCGCGGUCCUGUCCUGCGGCUGUGUGGCGGCCGGCAGGGCCGGCGGCCCUGCCGGGCUGGGGGGCCCCCUGGGCGGCCUCCUGGGCAAACUGAUGCUGCCCCUCGAAGACGAGGCGGGCUGGGCGCCAGGGCCGCCCUGGGGCGCGGGGCCGCCCCGAGGGGCGUCUGACAGCGAGGCGGGCUCGCCCCCGGCCGGCCUGGACAUGGACACGUUCGACAGCGGCUUCGCGGGCUCUGACUGCGGCAGCCCCGUGGAGUGCGACUUCACCGGCUCCAGGGACGAGGGGCCCCCCAGGAGCUACCUCCGCCAGUGGGUGGUCAUGGCCCCUCCGCCUGCGGGGCCGGGGCCGGGGCCCCAGGCCAGCUAGUGAGGCCGGCGGCCGUUCAGAACCGGCCGUGCCCCGGGCGGCGAGGCAGGGCCGCCCGAGCUGUGGUGGGAAGAGGCCCGCGGCCUCUGGUCUCCAGGGGCCCUGAGCCUGGAGUCGAUGCUGUGUGUAUGCCUCUGGGGCGCACGCAUGUGUGCACGGUGGCAUGCAUGUGUGUGCAUACAGUGGCAGGCUCCCUCCUUGCAGGGCACAUGGGCUGGCCCCUGGGUCACAUUGGGGAAUCUGGUCCAGGGCUGCCCACAGGCCUCCUGGGACCAGGACGCUGCCUGUGACAGACACCAGGCCCCGCCCCUGGGUCCCGCCCCUCCAGGAGCCACAGGGAGGCCAGGCUGGAAGCCCUGGGGACAGGGGGGGGCCUGUAGCAGGUCUGAGCCUCCACUCUGACGCCUGCUGGCUGUGCCACCGCGGGGUGCUGCUCCCGCUCCGGGCUGGGGUUUCCUUUCUGGACAAUGUGGGUGGCAUGGCUGACCUCGGGGAGAAACCAGUGCAGCCGCCCACCUAGUGUGCAGCCCGGAGCAGACCCUCAAUAAAUGCCAGCUUCCUUCCUUCCGAGGUGGGACCAAGGCUCGUGCUGAAGGCGGGAGGGGGCGAGGAAGCAGCCUCAGCCUGGGCCUGUGGCCACCCCGCCCUGCAGAGGGGCACGGCGGGGGGAGGAGGAGAGGGAGGGGGAGGAGGUGUUUCCGGGCUGAAAAUCAGUCAGGCUUGUCUCUUGAGACAGCCUCCCACCCACCAGAAUGUUUUUCUGGCUCCUUCUGCCCAUAUCUAAGUGCCUUUAUGCACCCAGGAAAUACGCACUGAGCACAGUGCGUGCCGGGCUUGGUGCCCAGUGCUGGGGCAGGGGAGCACAGGCCCAGGGAGCCCCUUGGCGCUCCGGGUGGAGCCAGGGGCGGAGGAAUGGGCAGUCAGGACACAGCACUCCCAUUUGCUCACCUCGCGAGUUAGGGAGCCAAGCUCUAUUGAUGAUUUGGAAGUCCGUUGAGAUGUGAAUUAAGAAGCCAAGAAAACAGUUCUCAGCCGUGUUUGAGGGCUCGUCCUGAACCAGGCGCUGAAUACAAACGCUACAUAUCGCACUCCCCUCGCUUUUAUUUUUUUAAAAGAAAAUGGACUGUUUCCCCCCUAAGGGCCUUGACCUUUGGAGGUGUCUUUUCAGGACCCUCCGGAUGGUGAAGGCAGCUGGGAGGUGGCUCAGAGCCCACGCCAGGGCCCCGAAGGGCACCCCCACCCAGACCGGAACCCCACCGGGACCCCCGUCACCCUCCCAG